AUGGCUAUGAGGCAGACUCCGCUCACCUGCUCUGGUCACACUCGACCAGUAGUGGAUUUGGCCUUCAGUGGGAUCACUCCUUACGGAUACUUUCUCAUUAGUGCGUGCAAAGAUGGCAAGCCCAUGUUGCGCCAAGGAGACACAGGAGACUGGAUAGGAACGUUUCUGGGUCACAAAGGCGCUGUCUGGGGAGCCACUUUGAACACGGAUGCCACCAAGGCUGCCACCGCCGCCGCAGACUUCUCAGCAAAAGUUUGGGAUGCAGUGAGUGGUGACGAAGUCCUUACAUUGGCCCAUAAACAUAUUGUAAAGACUGUCACCUUUACCCAGGACAGCAACUGUCUAUUGACUGGAGGAAAUGAUAAACUGCUACGCAUUUAUGAUCUGAGUUGUCCAGAAGCAGCACCACAGGAGAUUGCUGGUCAUACCUCACCUAUCAGGAAGGCCCUCUGGUGUAAUGACGACAAACAGAUUCUAUCAGCGGCAGAGGAUAAAACUAUACGACUGUGGGACAGGACCUCCAUGGAGGUGGUGAAGACACUGACGUUCGACACAUCCGUGAGCAGCAUGGAGUAUGUGGUGGACGGCGAGAUUCUUGUCAUCACAUACGGAAAAACGAUCGCUUUUUACAACGCUCUCAGUCUGGACCUGAUUAAAUCUGUGGACGCCCCUGCUACUAUCAACUCGGCAUCUCUACACCCAGAAAAGGACUUCUUUGUUGCUGGCGGAGAGGAUUUCAAGCUCUAUAAAUUUGACUACAGCACCAAGGAAGAGCUAGAAUCGUAUAAAGGCCACUUCGGUCCCGUGCACUGUGUCCGCUUCAGCCCAGAUGGCGAGCUGUAUGCUAGCGGCUCAGAGGAUGGCACACUUCGUCUCUGGCAGACAGCAGUGGGAAAGACCUAUGGCCUCUGGAAAUGUGUUCUUCCUGAGGAACUGGCGGCAGACAACUCGGAGCAGAUUUAUACCUCGCCGCCUGAAAUAAAAGCCUGA